GCGGGGCUCUCUGGCUCCGCCCUGUCAGGUGACCUGCCGGGCGCUGCGUUGGGGCGGGCUCAGUCUGCUGCGUCGGCUCGGCCAGGCAGCAGCUCGGAGCGGGGGGAGCGUCGUCGCGGCCGCCGCCGCCAUGGUGUCGCUGCUGUGCUGCGGGCCGAAGAUGGCCGCCUGCGGGAUUGUGCUCAGCGCCUGGGGGGUCAUCAUGCUGGUUCUGCUGGGCAUCUUCUUCAACGUCCACUCCGCCGUCCUCAUCGAAGACGUCCCGGCCACGGAGGAGGACUUCAAAGGCAAAGGGCCGGAGAAGAUCUACCAGCUCUACAACCAAGUCAGUUACAACUGCUUCAUCGCGGCUGGUCUCUACGUCCUCCUGGGGGGCUUCUCAUUCUGCCAAGUGCGGCUCAACAAGCGGAAGGAGUACAUGGUCCGCUGAAGAUGCUUCCCCCCUCCCCCAACUCCUUGCUGGUUGUUCCUCCUUUCCCUUCCAGUCCUCCUGGUUGUAUUUAUUCUGUUUGGCCUUGCCCUUGGCCGUGGGACUCUGGGGGGGCACUCCUUCCCCUCUCCCUGCCCUCCCCCCUCUUUCCUUCUCUUGUGCCUGGGAGCAUUGGGGGGGCGGGUGGUCCCCCAGUGUGAGCUCUCCUCAAAGUUCCCCUCCUCCCCUAACACGGAUCUCCUUUUCUGGGAUGGUUUUCCCAUGUGUCAGAAAGGGGAGGGAAGCUGCUUUUUUUGGGGGGGGGGUCCCUUCCCACCACCUCCUUUCAAAAUAGCUGCCAGGUGCUCCCCCCCACCUUGCCCGCUCAGUCCGGCCGGCUUUUCCUGCACAGCCCCCCCCCCAAGGUCACCUCUUCCAUGCCAGCAACACCCAGGGCGCCUGUGGCUGGUCCUUGUUGACGGGCCGCAGACUCGAGUGUUGGGUAAACAUUGAGGACGCCACCUCUUCCUUCCCACUCUCUGAGGUGGGAGGGAGAUUGUGCUGUGCGUGAGCCAGGCUGUGCUGUGGCAGUGUGACAUCCAUUCGCCGUUUCUUGGUCAGACUUUCCUCCUUGGUGGUCAUGUGAGCCUGCUGCUUUGAGGGCCCCAGGUUCUGAGCCCUCUGCCAUCUGCUGUGUCGUCCCCCCCCCCCCCCCCCGUGCCAGCUGGAGGAGGAGUACAGGAGCCUUUCAGAUAUGGAAUUGCAUGGAGGUUUUGUUCCUGGAAAGACUCCCCUCCCCCACCUCCUGCACAUUCUGGAGCUUGGCUGGGGUGCCGUUCCUUGGAGACUGGCCGUCUGGACAUCUUUUCCUUGGGCCACCAGUGCCCCUUCGUGCCCCAGUGAGAGAUACUGGCAGCUGGGGGAGGGUAGAGGGCCUGUGUGAUGGUUGCUGGGCCCUUGGGGGGGGGGGGGUCUUAACCAUCUCUUCAGUCACUUGUGCAAUAAUAAAUGUUGUUGGGCCCUG